GCGCGGGCGAGAGGCGUGAGGCGGCAUGAGGGCUGCACGCCCCCGGGACAAGAGAGCAGCACCAGCGCGAAGGCUGGUGGCCUGGCUGGACUGUCGGGCCACCCUCGGGGCCACCCCGCGCUGCACGACUCCAUGAGGGAGCCCCCGCAGCCCCGCAGGCUCGCCAGGCGUGCGUGAGGGCGCGCGAGGCGGUCCAUGGACAUCCAGAAGAAAUGGCUGUGCCCGCGCCUCGUGGACUACCUGCUGCUCGUUGGGGCGCGCCCUUCGGCCCCCCUUGGCGGGCCCGGCGGCCCCGGACAGCACCGCUCAGCCAAUCAGGGCGGCUCCGGGGCGCCGUCCAUCCAGACGCCGGAGCUGCUGCGCCGCUACCCGCCAGAGGACCACAAGGACUUCCCGCUGCCCAACGAGGUGGUGUACUUCUGCCAGCCGGAGGGAUGCGUGUCGGUGGGGCCGCGGCGGACCACGCGCAGGGAGGCCAACUCCUUCACCUUCACCAUGACCGACAAGGACUCGGGGAAGUGCCGGUACGGGAUCUGCGUCAACUUCUACCGGCCCGUGGAGCGGGUGGCCGUGGGGGGCGUGGGCGGCCGACGGCACUCGUCCACCUUCCGGCGCGAGUCCUGGAGGAAGAGCAUGGAGAAGAGCUCCGACUCGGCCUUCUCCAGGUCGCAUGAUUGCAGUGACUACCGCAGUAACGUCGCCCCCAGCGACUCGGACCGGGAGGCGUCGAGCUGCAGGGAGGCGGACCAGGUCCCGGGGGCGGCGGGGGCGGCGGGGGCGGCGCUAGCGCAGAAGAAGCAGGCGCGCCUCGGCGUGCUGCCGGGGGCGGCGGCCAACGACUCCGAGAGUGGCGGCUCCCACUCGCCGUCCCCGAGGGCGUCGCUGCGGCGGCACCGCGUCCGCAACCACACCCUGACGUCGCUGUGCGUCGUCUCGCACCACCCCUUCUUCAAGUACUUCCGGGAGUGCCUGUUCGUCCUCAAGAAGCUGAUCGACGCGUGCAACGACGACACCUCGCCCAAGCGGGUGGGCACGUCGAACCGGCAGCAGGCCCGCGACACGGUGUGGAGCGUGCUGACGGGCUGCGCGUACGACGGCACGCCCUCCAUCGUGCUGCACGACGUGCGCGCCAUCGAGACCUGGGUGCUGCGGCUGCUGAGCGCGCCGGUGCCCGUGCCCUCCAAGACCCGCCUGGAGCUGGAGAUCCUGUCCGCCGCCAUGCAGCCCUGCAUGGUGCUCGCCCUGCCCGACCACACGCGCUUCUCCCUCGUCGACUACCCGCUGCACCUGCCGCUCGAGCUGCUGGGCGUGGACAUGUGCCUCAAGGUGCUCACCCUCAUCAUCCUGGAGCACAAGGUGUUGGUGCAGUCCAAGGACUACAACGCGCUGUCCAUGUCCGUCAUGGCCUUCGUGGCGAUGCUGUACCCCCUGGAGUACAUGUUCCCCGUGAUCCCCUUGUUGCCCACCUGUAUGUGCGGAGCGGAGCAGCUUUUGCUGACUCCGACUCCGUUUGUGAUCGGUAUUCCGACGAGCUUCCUAAUGUUAAAGAAAAACUUUUGCCUUCCGGACGACAUCUGGUUGGUAGAUCUCGACUCGAAUAGACUGAACUUCCCUUCUGGAAGCGACGAGGUACCACCGCUUCCUGAACCUGAAGGAACAAUACUCAAAAACCACCUGAAACAGGCCAUGCAACUCAUGGACCAGGCUCAGGCGCUCAACAGCCUGUCCCUGGGCGGCUCCUCCCCGCUGCCGCCCACCACCGCCGCCUCGCCCGCCGCGGGGACCAACACCAACACGCCGCACACGCCGGGCACCCCGGUGUCCAUGACGGGGACGGGCACGCCGGGCCGCCGGCCCAGCGUGGGCCCCGGCCACCCCAUGGGCCACCCCAUGGGCCACCAGCACAGCGCGCCGAGCAGCCAGCGAGGGUCGGUGCAGCUCAUCACGGGCACGGGCACGGCGCAGCAGGGCGCCUCGCUCGCCAACAUGAACCCCUUCAUCUACGGCAACGACGUGGACUCCGUGGACGUGGCCACGCGCGUCGCCUUUGUGCGCUUCUUCAACUCGCAGAACCUGCUGGCCAACUUCACGGAGCACACUCGCACGCUGCGCCUGUACCCGCGGCCCGUCGUGGCCUUCCAGAUCAACAGCUUCCUGCGGUCGCGGCCCCGGAACUCCAUGUUCCUGGACCGGUUCGCGCGCACGCAGGCCGUCGAGUUCCUGGCCGAGUGGGCGCUCACGCCCUCCAACGUGGCGUUCCUGCGCGUGCACACGGGCGUCGUGGACCCGCAGCAGGUCGGCGACAAGGCCAAGUGGUUCGCGCACAACCUGGAGCCCAUCCACUUCACCGUCUGGGACGAGGGCAGCUCGCUCAGCGGCGCGCUGAAGGCCAUGCGCCGCACGGAGCAGCCCACUGACGAGAGCGGCUCGGACUCGGAGGGCGCGGAGAGCACCAGCUCGUCGUACUCCUCGCUGAGCGACCUCGUGUCCGAGAUGGUGUCGUCGGACGUGUCCCCGGGCUUCCUGCCGCAGCCCACGCCGCUGUCCAUGUCGAGCGGGCUGGACCCGCACACGGUGUACCACCCGCCAGAGGCGCUGCAGUACCCGGGGGCGGCCGAGGACCAGGCCAACCAGGCCGCCGCGGGGCCGGGCGGUGCGGCCGCGGCGGGCGCGGACGGCGACGCGGACGGCGACUCGGGGGGCCCCGACGACGACGACGACGACGAGGACUCGUCCGACAGCGACGUGAGCUCACCGGACCGCCACCGGCCGCCGCCCGGCAUGCGGAGGGAAAGCGCGAGGGACGCGGCCCGCAGGGAGAGCGCCGACGCGGACCAGAGCGACGGGCCCGGCUCGCCGCAGCAGAAGCCUGGCACGCCCAAGAUGCCCCGGAUGUCCGUGUCCAGAGCCCCGGUGCCCGUGAGCCCCAACCCCAUGCUGACGCGGCAGCCCAGCAUCGGGAACGUGCUCGCGCGCACGUCCAGCUUCGGGUCGCCGUCGCAGCACAGCGGCCCCGGCUCGCCCGGCUCCCCCGGCCAGGCCGGCGUGCAGCGGCAGGGCUCCCAGAGCUCCAUCCUGGACCACAUCACCUCGCAGGCCAACAAGGUGCUGCGGGAGUCGCGCCAGAGCAGCCAGGACGGCAUCCUCGCCCAGAUGGACAAGUUAAAGGAGCAAGCCAAGGAGAAGCUAAGCGAUGUGGCCAUCGACGAUGCGGGACUUUUCGCGCCUCUGGAACAGCUCACCAUCACCACGAAGAAGGCCAUGGGCGAGGCGCACAAGUCGAUGCAGGACGUGAGCCGCAACACGCUGGGCGACCUGACCUACGUCAGCAAGAGCACGCUGGGCGACGUCACGAAGAGCGUCAAGGAGGUGGCGGCCAAGAAGGGGCUGCUGCCCCCGGGCGUGGGGCCGGCCAUGGGGCCGCCCGGCAGCAACAACUCGCUCGUGCACGCGGCCGACGCGCACCGCCAGGGCCAGGGCCAGCCCAACCCGGGCAGGGACUUCCUCUCCAACAUCAACGGCUUCGCCGCGCAGACCACCAGCAUGUUCAGCGACCUGUUCGGCAGCAAGGGCGGCGGCAGGGGCGCCGGGCCGCGGAUGCCGGGCGGCAUGGCGGCCAUCACGAGCGGCAUCGGCAUCGGGCCGCCGCCCCAGCAGCAGCAGCAGCAGCAGCAGAAGGCCAAGGCGCAGCCCUUCGGGCCCUUCCCCACGGGCCGCAAGGGGCUGGUGGAGAACUCGUCGCUCAUCCGGCACAGCCCGUCCAGGAGGAGCCAGGACGACAUCAUGCGCCAGCAGACGUCGGAGCGCUCCACCAGCAACCAGGAGAACCAGGCCUUCCUCAACGACGUGGUGGCGCAGGUGCUGGAGGGCGAGGGCGUGGGCUGGCUCAAGCUGAACCGCCUCAAGAAGCUCAUGGAGGACGAGAGCUACCGCAACCUGGUGCUCAGCAAGCUGAACCGCACGCUGGACAAGAAGAUCGGCCCCGAGGACAAGGUCGACGACGUGUGCGUCAGCCGGCCCGUGUGGAAGGCCAUGCUGAAGGUGCUGGGCGCCGUGGUGAGCGGGCUGGAGGUGUCGUACGCCAACUACGGCCUCGGCGGCAUGGCGUCCGCCUUCCAGGUGCUGGAGAUCGCCCACACGCACUACUGGACCAAGGACAUGGAGUCCGAGGGCAUGUCCACGCUGGGCCUCGACACCACGGCCAACACCACCUCGUCCAGCAUGGAGAACCUCAAGUCGCCCGACUCGCUGCCGCCGGAGUACCUGCUGCAGGGCCAGCCGCCCUCGCGGAAGUCCUCGCAGACCAGCUCCCUGAACGAGGCUUGCUCACUGCCGCCGGAGGUGCGCCUGAUCCAGGACCCCUCCGAGCAGCCCGCCGAGCUGCCCAAGUCCCCCAACAAGCCGCCGCUGCGGCCGGCGGUGCAGCCGCAGCCCGCCCCGCAGCAGCAAAAGGGGUCCUCGGCCACCGACAUGUUCCGCGACAUGUUCAGCCAAAAGAAGCACGCCUUCCUGUCCAAGCUGUCCUCCAUCGACUCAGAGGCGGGGGGCGGUGGCCAAGGCGGUGGCGGCCAGGGCCACGACCUGUCCGUGUCCGGCAACGCGUCGGACGCCGGCUCCAUCAUCACCAACCCCGUGUUCAGCCUGCAACGCGGCUCCCUGCAAGCGUCCUUCCGUAGCACCGUGUCGGACAGCGAGAUCGAACAGGGCAACUUCCCGCGCGGCGCCCGGCAGCCCAAGCCGCGCACGCCCAGCGUGUGGUCCAGCAAGUCCUCGCUCAGCACGGCCUUCAGGGGCACCUUCCAGAGCGGCAACCUCAUGCCCGCCGGCUCGCCCAGCCCCGACCACGGCCGCACCUACCUGUACGAGGGGGGGCUGAUCGGCAAAGAGCGGUCCUCGCUCUGGGACCAGAUGCAGUUCUGGGAGGACGCCUUCCUGGACGCCGUGUCCCAGGAGCGGGACAUGGUGGGCAUGGACCAGGGCCCCGGCGAGAUGAUGGAGCGGUACAACCAGCUGAGUGAGUCGGAGCGCAAGCGGCUGGAGCACGAGGAGGACCGGCUGCUGUCGCACAUGCUCAACAACCUGGUGGCCAUCAUGGUCAUGACCGCCGUGGACAAGAACGAGCUGAAGCGGAAGGUGCGCCGCCUGCUGGGCAAGAGCCACAUCGGGCUGGUGUACAGCCAGGAGGUCAACAACCUGCUGGACCGCGUGGACUCCCUGCACGGCAACGACAUCGACCUGCGGCCGCUGGGUUCGCGUCGCGCGCACCGCCAGUCCUUCACGGUGCACAUGGGCCCGGACGCCACCGGCAACAUGAUGUUCAUGGAGGUGCGCGACGACGGCAUGGUGCUGAGGACCAUCAUGGGCAUCAUCGUGGAGCGCUGGUGGUUCGAGCGCAUCGUCAACAUGACCUACAGCCCCAAGACCAAGGUGCUAUGCCUGUGGGCGCGGCACGGCGGCCAGACGCAGCUGCACAAGUACUACACCAAGAAGUGCAAGGAGCUGUACUACUGCAUCAAGAGCGCCAUGGAGGCGGCGGCCGCUCGCGGCCACGGGGUGGCCUCGGGCGCCGAACUGGGGGGCGAGUUCCCAGUCCAAGACAUGGCCACCGGCGAGGGUGGCCUCCUACAAGUCUGCAUGGAGGGCAUCGGGCUCCUCUUUGCUCACAGCAAGGACUUUGAGUUCUUCGUGCGACUUGACCACGUGCGCAAGUGCUUCUGUCUGCAGGGUGGAAUCUUCGUCCUCGAAGAAUUUAAUCCAAAGACUAGGCAGUUGAUUCAAAGGAAGUACAAAUCUUCAAUGGCUUCUGAAGCUACUCUUUCGAUGCAUCGCAUCAUGUCAGUGGCAUACGCACAACUGGUUCGGUAGCUCCCUCCAUCAGCAGCUUCUAUUUUUAUUUUAUUUUUUUGCCGACACCAUCUGCUAUUCGGUGUUGUGCGUGUUCUCGUACAUCGCCGCAGGCCAAGACAAGAAGAAAGCCAUCCCUCCUUCCCAGCCAGGACAGGGCCAUUGAGAGAUUGUGCUACCGAGAAUGCUUACUAUAGCCAAAAAUGAAGUAACAGUAUAUUAUUUUUCUGAAAAUGUAAAAACUGCAGGAAAAAGUAGAUUGAAAUUUAUAAUUUUGCUGUACCAUAUGUAUAUUACAGGCUGUAUAGUUUUGAUGUAAGAACCUAUUAGGUGAGCAGGUGGGUGGAUUGGAGCCACAAUGCUCCACGUGAAAUUCUGAAGGCUAUUGGAUAUUACAGAGAGGUCUGAUCUCUUUGAGAAAAUACUUACUGUAAAUAUGUAUGUUUGGCAUAGUCCACAGUGUUCCUGGGAAUUCAUCAUCUUAAGAUAGUUGCAACCAAGGGUAAAUGCAUCAAGAAAAUCGUUUGUAUUGGGAGUGUUUUAUGGCUUUUAUGUAUACCAUUUUGAUAUUGAGAUGAACUGUUUUUGACUGUACCCCAUCCUCCCUUUGGUUUGAUCAGAAGAAUACUGUAAAAUUUGGUUUACAAAUCUUACAAAUUACUGUUGAUUGAAUUUUGAACAUUAUUUAAUGUUCUUCAAAAUUAGAGCGAAGGUGUGUCCAAUCCACAAUUUGAGGACACCAAACCAAAUUAACUGCACUUAUGCUUCAUCUUUUGACAGAUUGAGCCGCUGAGAGAUGCACUUUGAGGAAGGAUUUUAACAAAGCUAGGGUGGGCACUUUCACAAACAGAUUUUGAAACCUGUCACCAAAUAUUAUAAGGUUACGUUAGAUGUGUUUGACAAUACCUCACUGUCUUUGUUAGGGCAGGAGUGCUCAUCUAGGCCUAUGGUCGCCCCUCACAUGUGCGCACAUUACCUAGAAGUCCACCCCUGAGUAGCUACUUUAUUCUUACUCCCUUUUAGUUAUAGUCAAAAGUCGAAUGAGGACUGUUCAUGGAAAGAUCAGACUAGGCGUCUAGCAACAGCACAAGAGGACUAUCGUUUUUUUUGUAAUUUGUGUUACAUUUUGUACAGAGUUGAUAAGUGUUGAUUGUUAAAUCCUAUUUUGUUGCAAUGGUAUCAAAGACCAAACUUCCCAGCUAGAAAUGUAAAGAUCGUCAAAGAGAUUGGCUUCCUCAGCAUGCGAGAAGCAUCUCUAAUAAUGGCUGCUAAUUGUCACACAAAGGCUAAGCAGCCAAGUGUAUCAUUCCAUCUCAUUAACAAACUUUUGAAAAGCAGUAAAAGGAUUCUGAUCGCUAUAACACAAGUUGGACUAGCCUGUUCUCCAACCCUGUCAGAGACAUGUAACUAGACACUGUCAGAUGUUGUCGUCUCUCAUAUGCCAAAGUUUUCUUCAUAACAGAUAAUUCCUGCCUUUCAGAAUGUCAUGCAAUAUGUUAAAGAACAUAUCAUGUUGAAAUAAACCCACACAAAAUAAAA